UGGGGAUUCUGUCCCAGCGAUAGCAGUGGCCUUUCUCAUGUUCUUCUUGCCGUCGAACCCCAAAGAUUUGAAAAGCCGUCGAAUUCUGGAAUGGAAGACGGCUCAGAGAAAAUUGCCUUGGGGGGCCAUCUUGCUCGUUGGGGGUGGCUUUGCACUGGCAGAUGGAACUGAGAGAUCUGGACUUUCAAAACUAUUAGGGACUAAACUAUGUGUUUUAGCUGCUAUACCCCCUAGAGCUCUAGUAGCUGUCCUUUGCUUCACGACAGCUAUGAUCACAGAAAUCCUUGCAAACACCACUGUAGCUACAAUAUUUAUUCCUGUUUUCAACCAAAUGGCUGUGUCUAUUAACAUAAAUCCUCUGUUUCUAUUGCUUCCGAUAACUGUAGCUUGCUCUUAUGCCUUUAUGUUACCUGUAGCAACACCUCCAAACAUCAUUGCAUUUGAAAGCGGUAAUAUGAGGAUUACGGACAUGGCAAAACCAGGACUGGUUAUGAAUCUUCUUUGCUGUGCUGUGCAAGUCCUUAUGGUGAACACAUUAGGCGUGGCAAUGUUUGAUCUUAACCGAUUUCCCAGCUGGGCUAAUGUAACUGCCAAUGAAUCACUUUGUUCAUCAUUCACAGAGGCGUCCGAGAGAGUCAUGAGACUCAAUUACGCUAUACAGCUUUUAAAUACGGACAAUUUGAUGACUUAAAAACGUAAUCGGGUAAAUAUCAUUAGAAUAUGCCUGUGGAUGGAAACAUAUGUUACAACCAAAAACUAUCACAAUAAAGCUUUAACUUUUAUUUCGUUCUUCUCUUGCUUAAU